AGACCCUCUGUAGACACAAUCUUUAAGAUAUCUGCAUGCUGUCUUAAAAUAUCUUUUGUUGUCUUUCAGUUGACCCACCCAGUAGCACACUGUUGCCCUUAGUGCUCUACGGUGUCAAGCCCCCUUCUGUGAGGAUUUCCCACCCAGUGGUGCCCUGCCUCCGUGGAAAGUGCAGGCCUCACCCUCCUGCAUAAUGACUGUGGCCACAGGCGACCCCUCAGAUGAGGCAGCAGCACACCCUGGUCUUCCUCAGGACUAUGACCCCGGAACGGAGCAGGAGUGCUGUGAGCGAGUGGUCAUCAACAUCUCGGGUCUGCGUUUCGAGACACAGCUCAAGACCCUCUCGCAGUUCCCCGAAACAUUACUGGGGGACCCCAAGAAGCGCAUGAGGUACUUUGACCCGCUCAGGAAUGAGUAUUUUUUUGACAGAAACCGCCCCAGCUUUGACGCCAUCCUCUAUUACUAUCAAUCGGGCGGAAGGUUGCGGCGCCCCGUCAAUGUCACUUUGGACAUUUUCUCAGAGGAGAUCCGCUUUUAUGAGCUUGGAGAGGAAGCAAUUGAGAUGUUUCGGGAGGACGAGGGUUUUAUCAAGGAGGAGGAGAGGCCAUUGCCUGACAAUGAGUUUCAGAAGCAGGUCUGGUUGCUGUUCGAGUAUCCAGAAAGUUCUGGGCCAGCUAGGAUUAUAGCGAUCAUAUCUGUCAUGGUCAUCCUCAUCUCCAUUGUCAGCUUCUGCCUGGAAACCUUACCCAUCUUCCGCAGCGAUGAGGAGGAGAUGCACAAAGUCCCAGCUGCUGUCACUAACUCCACAACC